CCUGCAAUGUCAGCUUCUAACUGGACUUUGGUACACCCUUCCACCUUCUUCUUGAUAGGAAUACCAGGCCUGCAACAUGCUCACCUUUGGAUUUCUAUCCCUUUCUGCUGCAUCUACAUCCUGACAUUCCUUGGGAAUUGCCUCCUCUUGGCAAUUAUCAAGGCUGAGCCAAGCCUCCAUGAGCCCAUGUACCUCUUCCUGUCCAUGCUGGCUACAGCAGACUUAGUGGUCACGACCACGAUCGUGCCCCAAAUCCUGAGCAUUUUCUGGUUUGACAACGGAAAUAUCCAUAUCAACGGCUGCCUCCUCCAGAUCUUUUUGCUCCACUCCGUCUCCACUAUGGAGUCGGGCUUCAUCCUGGCCAUGGCUUUUGAUCGAUAUGUGGCAAUAUGCAAGCCAUUGAGGCAUUCGGCACUUCUGACCAAGGACGUCAUUUCAAGAAUCGGACUGGCCGUUGUGAUACGGGGAGCCCUACUCCUGAGCCCCCACCCCUUCCUGCUGAGGUGGCUCCCUUUUUGCAGAGGCAACGUCAUUUCUCACACCUACUGCGAAUUCAUGGCCCUGGUGAAGUUGGCCUGUGCUGACACAACUGCCCAGAAAGCCUAUAGCCUCACGGUGGCCUUCUUGACGGGGGGGCUGGACUUAGUUUUGAUCAUCCUGUCUUACAUUCUCAUUUUCCAAGCAGUCUUCCAGCUCCCUUCCAAGGAAGCACGGGUCAAAUCUCUUGGCACCUGUGGCUCCCAUGCCGGUGUCAUCCUAGUAUUUUAUAUACCCGCCUUUUUCUCCUUUUUGACACACCGAUUUGGCCAUGUGGCUCCCCAUGUCCAUAUUUUAGUGGCAAAUAUGUACUUGCUUUUCCCUCCCUUGAUGAAUCCCAUUAUCUAUGGGGUGAGGACAAAGAGAAUCCAGCACGGCCUUUUAAAGAUCUUGUGCGCCAAAACAGCAUGA